AUGGCUACUAAACAAGCUGUAACGAGUCUCACGGAGACACUACCUGUCAGGCUACGCAAUUUUUUUGCCCGCUAUCCUCCCCAAUUCUACUCAGCUGCUGCGAUCCCAAAACCCACGCCGCCCGCCGAUGCAACUAUUCCCGGUGCCGCUCCAAGCCCUUACACUCCGUCUCGGGACUCCAAGCCCUCCAAGAUAGCUGAAUCGUCCAAAAACUCAUUCUCCCUAACCGACUCCCUUCUCCGAUCGAACCCAGACUAUCCAAAUCCUUUUCUCCCAUAUAAGAACCCAGAGACCAACCGCUGGAGAGGUGCCGUGAUAUCUCUCCGCAGACAGAAUGAAUUGGUCAAAUUAGCGCGAGAGCAUGGUGUAGAAGAGUUAUUACCGCCGGGAAAGAAGUCAUCGGAAUACCGUGAAGCGAGAGUGAUUGAGAAAGGCUUGCGAAUCAAGGGCACAGGUAUUGGACAGAAGGUGAAGGGUCAUAAAUGGGAGAGGACAUUGAAGACCAGGUUGGAGGAGAGAAGGAAGGCAAUGUUGGAGAUGCCGGAGAUGAUAAGAUUAUGGAAACAGCGUGGACACGGAAGAGGAUGGAAGAAAUAUCCCCGAUAA